UCAAUCAUAAAAAUUAAAAUCCAAGUAAAAUUUUCGUUUUACGAAGUUACGAACACCGCGAUUUUAUCUUUCCAUACACAAUUUUACACCCUAUAGUUAUUUCUGAAAUGUCAAAGAAGCCAGUGAUUUUGGGUUGCACAAUAAAAAUUUGGGGACUUGUGACAAAGAGAUCGAGCAGCCGAGUUGAAGUUCACUGGAGUUUGUUAUCAUUCGAAUUUUGGAGAUUUUUUCGUCAGGCUUCCGUGUCUUGUGGUGAUGGUCUUGCACUCUUGAUAAUCUUUGUGCAGAUGCCUGAGGGUGUAUUAUCGCAUGAAGACUUGCAGAUAUGAGGAACCAUGCGAUAACUGAUAGUUGAUGACCUGUUGUGAGCCUGUGGAGGCGUGAAGCGCACCAUCGCAGCUGUUCUAGCUGCGCUGGAUGCAGUAGAGUCGCUGCAGUGAAGUAUACAGUAUUGCGCUAUCCUCGUGCGACAUGGCGUCCAGUCCGGAGAUCCUCCUGACCAAGCCCCUGACCAAAUGGCUGGAGCUGGAGUUCUGCGAGUCGGCCACGGUCUAUCCCAAUGCCAUGACGUUCGCCGAUGCGGAUAACGACGGCAUGUCCGAGUUCUUGGCUGGAUCCAUCCAGGGCGAUCUGUUUAUUUUUAAGGGAUUAACACCGAAAUACUGGAAGCGCUCUUCCGGACUGGGAAUGAUUAGCGUCGUGGGAGCCGGUGAUAUUAUGCAGAAAAAGAAGAACGUGAUUUACGUCGUUACGGGUGAAGACCUCUACACCUUCUUCAUCACUCCCACCAACGUCACGCAUGCUAAUGUCGCGCAAGAGGACAGCGGUAAACCUCGCGACGUCAUGAUGCGUUCCCGCAGCAGUAUUGAGCCGUCUUUCAUGCAGAAGAUUCCUCCGAACAUCGUCAUGUCGGUGUUGUCCGAUAUCGAUGGCGAUGGCUAUCCCGAGAUUUUAUUCGGGAUGACUGACCGUGUGGUGCGCUCGUUCAAAUGGGUGGAAUCGCCGGCUGGUCCCGGUCAGACGACACCCACCGGCGCCUUCAUCACCCUCAACAAAUGGGAAUUCGCCGGCCAGAUCGGCAACCUCUCAGCCACCUUGAGCGAGGGUAUCGCGCAGAUCCUGGUCAGUCAGCCCGGCGGGAGUUGCUGCCGGUUGAAGGCCUGCCCCCUUCGCCAGGAGGAGCAGCAACCGGUGCUGGAGAUUAACUUCGAACCGCCGGUUUACCACAGUCCGGCGGCGUCCCGUCUGCGCAACCCGCUGAUGAUCGCGCACGUGCUGGGCGGGGUGUCGUUCAAGGGUCCGGAGAACCGCGGGAAAACCGGGCAGAGUAUGGUGGAGUGCGGGAGGAAUAUCUACGCGCUGUGUGCUUUCGAUGGCACGGUGAUGGUGUGCAACGAAGAUACAGUAUUAUGGGAGCAUCAGGCCCAGGAGCAUCCGAUCGCCAUCCAGUCCCUGCCGCUACGUGAUGAGUUUGUGAUAGCCACGAGUUCCGGUGCCGUAUACGUGUUUAACGAUAGGAAGAAGAUGAUUAAACUGCUGACGUCGGAACCCAUGAACGGAUUCGCCUGCGGUUCGUAUGGUGUAAUUUCCCGCAAUGGCGAGCACGUCAACACAUGCGCCUUCGCCACCAUCUGCAGUGGUGGCCGGGUGAUUAUCUACUACGCUCUGGAGAUUCCCUGUUUGUCCACGAUUCCGUCCUUCUGGAGACGCCCGAAACAGAGAGCAUGACCGGCCAAAGUCGGCGCUUAUAUGUGAUUUCAUCGUUUUACCUUUGUACAGCUUUUACCCGUUCUGCUUUUUGAUUUGAUUUUGAUAGAGUUCUAAUGGAUUUUAUUACGUUUUUUAGUUUUCGAGUUCGUGGUUUCUCGGCGUUGAUUAAUACUACUGCAAUCAAAA